AUCUCAGGGUUUUUGAGCUUGGUCCAAAAUCGUUCAUCUGUGUAUCAAUGCCGAAGAAGAGAGGGAGAGAGAGGCAUCACAACCCGGAGCCAUUUCUGGCCGACGACGAUGGCGCCUCUGUGGCCUCCAAGAAGCGGACCAAGUCCAAGCAGCACCAGACCGACGAGACUCUGAUUUCGUCGGGCAUGAGCGCCAAGAUUCUCAAGCAGGCUCAGCUUCAGCAGAGGGAGGUCGAGGACGACGAGAAUCGAACCCAAAACCCCAACGCGUUAUCGGACAUCACCGAAGAGCCGCACGGGGUUGAAUCUGAUGACGACGAUGAGGACGACCCCGAUGAGUUCGGUGGGUUUCUUGACAAUCGCGGCGAGGAUGAAGCGUUUAAAGUGACGAACAGGAUGACAAAGGAGAUUGGGAAGGAGUAUGAGAAAGUAUUAGGGAAGGCGGCUGUGGAAGAGGAUGAGAAAUUACUGGAUGCAUUUCUUUCGAAGGAUGCGGGGCGGCAGCUUACUCUUGCAGACCUGAUUGUUGCAAGGAUUAAAGAGAAUGAUUCUAAUAUCACUCCAUCAAAUGCCAAUUCAGAUAUGAGGCCUUUGCCUAAAUUGGAUGCAGACACCAUAGAAAUCUUCAAGGGGGUUGGCCAGUUUCUUAAAAAGUACACAGCUGGGAAGGUUCCCAAACCCUUUAAACACAUCCCUUCAAUGAAUCAAUGGGAAGAUGUCCUAUAUUUAACUGAGCCUGAGAAUUGGUCUCCCAAUGCAAUGUAUCAAGCUACAAGAAUUUUUGCUUCCAAUUUGACUGCGAAGAAGGUAGAACGUUUCUACAAGCUUGUCUUGCUUCCACGUGUGAGAGAAGACAUUCGGAAGAACAAGCGCUUGCAUUUUGCCCUUUAUCAGGCUUUGAAAAAGUCUCUUUACAAGCCUGCUGCCUUUUUCAAAGGAAUAUUGCUACCUUUGUGCGAGUCAGGAACGUGCAAUCUAAGAGAAGCUGUCAUAGUUGGGAGCGUCUUACAAAAGGUGUCCAUUCCGCCACUUCAUUCAAGUGUUGCAGUAAUGAAGCUAGCAGACAUGGAAUACUGUGGUACAACGAGUUAUUUUAUAAAGCUUCUUUUAGAGAAAAAGUAUGCUUUGCCAUAUCGUGUAAUUGAUGCUCUUGUUGGACAUUUUAUGAGAUUUAUGAAUGAAACAAGGGUAAUGCCAGUGAUAUGGCACCAAUCACUUCUUGCAUUUGUGGAAAGGUACAAAAAUGAUAUACUGAACGAGGAUAAAGAUAAUCUUAGAGCUCUUCUUCAAACUCAAAAGCACGAUCUGGUAACUCGUGAAAUAAGAAAGGAGCUAGAUAAUAGCCGCAGUCGUGGUGAGAAGGAGGAUGACCUUAUGUCAAUUGCUUCUCCAGAUUCUGUGAUGAUUAAGCCUGUUGAAGAAGAUAUGUUUGAUAUUCCAGAGGUGCCUAUGGAGGAUGACUAAUUUAGUCCUCAAUGGUUGACAGAGUUGUCCAAUGAAAUAUUUCUCCUGGAAGAAGAUGCAAUUCUGUUCUUUCAGAAGUGAUACAUUUUUUUGACCAAAUCACAGUUAUCUAAAGGCUUCAUAAUCUAGUUUGUGCAUAUUCAAAUUCGCGUUCAAAGGCACUCUCCUUGCAAUGGCAAUUUGAACUACUGAUGCUUAUCAAAACAUCUUUUUAAGUAUUUCUUACUGAAGAUUCUUUGAUGUACUGAUAUAUAUAGUUAUUGAGUUUGCAUUGGAAUUGAGACCUCAAUUUGAAGGUGCAAAAAGUUUUGACA